UGACAGAAUAAAUGAUUCUUUUAAGAAAACAGGCGACAUAAUUUCAAAAAACAAAGAGCAGAUUGAAGUGACUUUUGUUACUAAGCAGUUACAUUAUAUAUAUAUUUUGUCGUAUUGAUAGCCAAAGGAGAUGGUAGUCUCGAGAGAGAAGGUAAACGCAUCAAGGUCUUAUCCUUUUCAUAGAAUUCCAAUUUUAUGUUUAUGUUAUCAUUGCUUCAUGAUCUGUUUUUGUUUUUGAAAGAAAAUGGACACAUGUAGCAAACACAUUAUUUCCUGCUUCGUAAAUAAUAGUCAGCAAGUAUUUGUACAAAAUCUUUUUGGGUAAGUUUAUGAAUCAAGCGCGUGUUCGACUGUAAUUUCCUCGUAUUCUUUAUGAAACAUUUCUCCACUAUCUCUUCUCUAACGCUCAACUUCACCAUGAUGUCUCACUUUUCUUUCAGACCAGUACAUCUGCUGUUAUUAUUUUUGCGUUUUUGACGAUUGCCAUUGUCCACGAAGCAGAACUAGCAAGUGGUAAUUUCCAAAAUACUUGACAGAUUUUAUGGAACAAUGCCUUAGUUUGUUUGUUGCUUGUGUUUUAUUUUUUCCUAAAUGUGAGUUCGUCAAAAGAAGGUUUAUUAUUCUAUAUCAAAAAGAAAUUCAUUAUUGCUUUUAUACUCUAUGUAAACCAGCCCCGUUAAUAAAUGAUUACAGCUUGAAUUUCCAAUGUCCAUAAACUGUGUCGAGCUAUUUUCGGUUUGUGAAACUUACGAAAACCUAAGAAAAAAAUGCAGUGCUCAUGAAUUGGAAUCUCUUAGACUGAGUUACCCAGCUGUGAGAAAAAGUUUGGCUGACUCAGCAAUUGUAAAGUUUCGCCAUUUCAUUGGCAAGCCUAUUUGUAAGCUUUCCUUUGCCUUACGCUCUCGUUGGAAUGUAAAUCUUAAUAAUCUGAUUGUCACUCAUAAUUUCUUCUUUCCCUUGCACUCAAAGAAUUCUUCGUGGAGACCAUCUGCGAUGGUGAACUGGCAAGGACUCUAACCUGCCCGAAACAAAACGUCUUAUCUACGAUUUGGGCGAGUUAUGGACGGCAGCAUAAUGACAUCUGCAUUGACGGUGAGCAGCUUAUCAACGUCACUUGCAAAGUCGACUUUGACACCGUGUUGUCCAUGGUGCAGGAGACUUGCGACGAUUCUAAUACCUGUGAGCUGGAGUCGAGCAAAGAUGCGUAUGGAGAUCCUCCAGAAUGCGCCGGAGUAAAGAAGUACUUACAAGUUUAUUACCUCUGCAAGUCAGGUAAGGUGUUGGUGCCUCUGGUGCCGUCUCCAUAAAACUAAAUCAGGAAGUGCUAAUCUGCCUAGUUCAGAGUUUUAUCAUUAAAUGGUUAAGAAUGUAUGAAAGUCAUAUAUUUGAACUGCGGAUAAAGACGUUAAUGAAAGUGAUCCUCGCAGUAAUGUGCACUACUUAGGCAGUAGUGAAAAUUUUCAGGCCUUAUUUUCACUACUGCCUAAGUAGUGCACAUUACUGCGAGGAUCACUUUCAUCAAAGUUUUAUCAUUGUCGCAAAAGUGGAAAUAAAACAAGGUGUGAUUACAAAAGAAAAAAAAACAUAAUUUGCUACUAAAUGUUGUCACAUAUAGUAAGAUUCUUGAAAAACUGAGCUCAAUAUAGAGCUGUUUGUUCUAUCCUUGGUAGUUAAUAAUAGAAUCUUUUCUUUCUCAGUGUACUCUCCAUAAAAUAUAGCUAUUUUCCAGUCAGACAAGCUUCGCCUCACAGUGUUCAUAUGUUUUUUUUUGCAAUUGUUACACUUGACAGAGAUGAUUAAAAAAUCCAUUUGCGAGUUCAAUCCACCGGAAAAUAUUACAUGUCCGGAGACACAAACUAUACAAGUUGUCGAUGCUAACUACGGAAGAACAGAUAAAUGGACAUGCGGAGGACAACUAGCUGAAAACAACCAAUGCAAGUAAGUGAAUAAGUGAACCGCGGCACCAACAUUGACAAACUAAGUCAUUGAAUCGUGGUAGUGCUAAAAAUAUGACAGCUCAGUGGCAGAAAUAGAUUAAGAAGCCUUUGUUAAUCGAGACUCUGAAAACCGUCACUUUUAGUCUCCCAUAUAAACUUCCUAUCUCGUUGUUUUUCACUUCGGUUUAAUUCUUUGUUGUUUCUUUUCAUUUUCCUUCCAUCUUUAAUUUUUCUGCAGGUCUCCAAAGUCAGAUCAGAUGGUGAAAAAAAAAUGCAAUGGUCAAAACGUUUGUGAACUCGAAGCGUCCAAUGAAGCAUUUGGAAAUCCUUGCGGAAAGACACACAAGUACCUUCAAGUGGAUUAUCAUUGUCAAGCAGGAAAAACCAUAAGUAAGGCAACUUAUUAA